AAAGGCCACAAUACAAACCUUGUAAAGUGAUGAUAAAGACUUUUCACCUAAAGCAGGCUGAAAUUAACCAUAGAAAUAUUAAUACAGGAGAGGAAAGGAGGUAUAAAAGUCAGACAGUGAAUUUCACUGUCUGGUGCACCUUUCCUUGUUUAGGCUUUGUAAUGUGCUGUGUUGGUGUAGAAAACAGGAGAGUUCUGCCUGUAGGGAUUAUCUUAAAAUUUGGCCCAACCAUUCACUUGGACUUGCAUCCUAACUGAUUAAUUUGAUGUUGGUUGUUAAAACAUCAAAGCUUAAGGUCACUGAGACCUCGCAAAACCCUUUUCUGGCCAUUACUUAAAAAUUCUUAGGCUAAUUUACACAAAAUUUCACACAAAUGUCUGAUGGGAUAAAAUGAUGAAGGAAUUAUCAUAUGAUUACAUUUUGUAUCCAAAAAGUUGUGUUUAAACAGACAUGGAUUUAAACUGCAACUUGCAACUGGUUGAAUGAGGCACACAGAAGGUUGUAAUUUUAUUUUUUAUUAUGUUUAUUUUUGUACAGAUUAAACAAAACAAGAUGUGUGUAGUAGGUAGAUUUUUUUACCCUUUUGGAAAGGACUAUGCUGGUCUUUGUGCUAGGCCAAGCUAAUUGGCUGCUAACUGUAGCUUCUAUUUAAGUAGCAGCAACAUUUUGGAGAACAUGCAAGAGCAUUCAAUUCAAAGUAAGACUCCCAUUUUUCCUUUAGUUCAAGGUUUUAGAAAAUGUAAGACAAGGUUUUUUUGAUGCAUAUGAAGGAAAAUUCACUGAAACAUGAUCAUUUGCCUCCAUCAGAAGGGUAAAAAUCAAAGAUAAGAGAGCCAAUAUAAUACAGCCGCAGGGUUUCUUUCCUUAUUGGUCCAUAAAAAGUACUUGCUGAGUCAUGAUUCAUCUGCAGUCAGCUUGUAUACUUAUUUGCAAUGACCUGAUUUUACAGUUGGCCAAGUUCACGUGACCUAGUAAAGAUUACAGGUGCUAUAUACACCACCAGUCAAUAGUUUGGACACACCUUCUCAUUCGUGCUUUUUAUUUAUUUGUAUUAUUGUCUACAAUGUAGAUUAAUACUGAAGAUUAACACUUUUUUGUUUACAAGAUAAUUCCAUAUGUAUACUUUUAUAGUUUUGAUGUCUUCAAUAUUAAUCUACAAUGUAGAAAAUAAUUAAAUAAAAACCAUUGAAGGGGAAGGUGUGUCCAAACUUUUGACUGGUAGUGUAGGUGACAGACUGCAAAUAAAAACAGAACAAAACCAAAAAAAUAUAUUUCUACUGCCUAUAGACGCUACGGUCCUAUUAUGACUCUUGAACUUGUUUUAUGGCACUUAUCCAGGUUGUUUCUCCUGACUAGAUCCUUGCUUGUGUUGUAUUGACUCUCAGAUGUACGUCGCUUUGGAUAAAAGCAUCUGCAAAAUGAAAUUGUAGAAUUGUAAGUGGGUACUGAAACUUGGUAUUGAACAAGUCAGGUAAAUGAUUAGGAUUGUAGUACUGAUGAGCUUUGAUGUUAUCGGUUCUGCUUAUAGUUAUAAAGAAAUUAGAUUUGCUCCUUAUUAUUGCUACAUUAAUGGUACCUUACACAUUUUAUCUCAUCAACUCUGUUUCCAAUUUGCAAUAAGAUUUAAACUCAAACAUUAUUGCUAUUUCAUAUCCAGAAAGAAUUUUAUCUCUGAGCCUGUGUGCAAGUAAUGGGGGCCAUUGUUCUUCCAUACAGUGCAGCACUGAGCGCCACACACACACACACACACACACACACACACUCACCCUGUGUUUCCUCUGUGUCUCUCUCCAAACGUGUCAGUCAGCCAGUCAGUCGAUUAUUUGUGUGUGUGUGUUUGGUGGGGAUGUUGAAAAGAGCCUGUAACCAUCCUUCAUCUCUAUGACCGACGGACAAAAGAAACACAGACAAGGACAAGGGGACGAACGGUUUCUCUCAGAGGAAACUCGCCAACCAGUCGACUUCCUGACAUCCCUGCUGCUGCCGUCUAUGAGCCGCACUGAGGCGGAGGAGAGGACUUUCCAACGAUCCUGACACAAGGAAAAACUCUAUUGAAGCUCCAACCAGCAGCAGCAGCAGCAGUAGCAGCAGCAGCAGUAGCAGCAGCAGCAGCAGCCACCAUGUCCUCACCCUCCCUCCCCAUGCCGUCUCUCCCCCCGAGCCCCCUGGCCAUGGAGUACCUGAACGACUUUGACCUCCUUAAGUUUGAGGUGAAAUCAGACAGUCCUCCUUUGCCUCCUCCAUGUUCGUACCCCAAAUCUGGCCUCCCCCACGACCCGUCUAGCUCUCCGUACACCAGCCACCCUCCACAGGACUCCAGUUUGAGCUCCAGCCCUUACAACUCUCUGCCACCUUCGCCGACGCUCAGCGAUGCCCAUCCGCCGCCCUCGGGCUCCUCCUCUCUCUCCUCGUCCUCCUCCUCCAUCUCCUUCCCCAUCUCCAUAUCCAACAGCUUCACCUCCGGCAUCAGUUCUGGCUCUCAGGGGAACGUGGAGGGCAGCCCGGGCCACGGAGGCCCACAGGGUCCCACUCCGGCUUCACUGGAGGACCUGAUCUGGCUGGCAGCGCUGCAGCAGCAGUUUGGAGGUGAAGUCACGGGGCCUGCCACUCUGCUGGGAGCCUUGGGAGGGGUGCCGGAGCGAGGGGACCGAGAGAGGGGGCCUGUGAAUGGCUUCCUGGGCUGUGAGGAUGCUGUGGAGGCUUUGCUGAACUCUGCUGCUGCAGCUGUCAGCUCACAGUUUCCGGGUCUUUCUCAGAGCUCCAGCAGCAACCUGGGCGACUCUAGCAGCGACAGCGGAGGUGACAUCUCCUGCACCAAGGCGGCCGACAUGUGCCAUCGCCCACUCGUCUUCCUCUCAUCAGCCCCUCCAUCGCUCCCCAAUGCCACCCCCACCUCAGCUCCCUAUCCACAACCCCUCAGCCCCCAGGGCCGCCUUCAUCACCACCAGCAUCACCACCAUCAGCAUCACCCGCACCACCCCAUGCAUGGCAGCCAUCACCAUCAUCACCACCCACAAGUCAAUCAGUGUGGGGUGAACGAGCGCUUCUCUGAUGAGCAGCUGGUGAGCUUGUCGGUGCGCGAGCUGAACCGACACCUGCGUGGGGUGAGCAAGGACGAGGUGGUGCGCCUGAAGCAGAAGCGCCGUACGCUAAAGAACCGCGGCUAUGCCCAGUCGUGCCGCUACAAGCGCUUACAGCACCGCCACGCUCUGGAGUCAGAAAAACAUGUGCUCACACAACAGUUGGAACAGCUACAGUGCGAGCUGACUCGAGUGCUGAGGGAGAGAGACGCCUACAAGGCUCGCUACGAGAAGCUCCUCAGCACAAACCACAGUACUGGCGGCAGCAACGGCGCCGACGCUCCACCGACCCGCACCAGCAACCCACCUUCCCCGCCCCCUGACUACUUCCUCUGAGUUUAACCCACAGGGGGAGGAGGAAGAAGAAGAAAAAAACAAGACCAGCCAAAUCGGAGCAAUCAGUGAUGAGUAAUCAGACUUGGGGGAAGAAAACAAUGAUGUGUAUGUGUGUGUGUGCAUGUGUUUGUGUGUGAGAGAGAAAGUGGAAGAGAGACACUGGCAGGCGUUUUUUUCGGGGGGGGGGGCGAUACAACUGUGAAAACCACCCCUGAGUGUUCUGAAGGGGAACUGACUGUUAAUUCAUAGGGUUAGACUCAGCCCUAGGCCGCUUUGCCGAUUUACUUUACUGUGAAUGAUAGUUCACAGGCUGAGAACUCUCUGCUUGUGGUAUUGGUGCAACAAACUGUAAAAAUGGAUCAGAAAUGCUUUAUUUUGCAAUAAACAAUCACACUGCUGAGCAUGUUAUCUAUGCAAUCUGCAAUGUACUCUCCAAAUGAGUGGUUGAGGCUCACUGUAGGUUUUCUUUUUUUACAAUAAGCUGCUAAAGCUGCAGAGGUCUGAAUAGUGCAGUGGUGCUGGAUGUGGAGUGGUAUGGGCUUGGAUAAAGUAUCCAUGGCAUGCAGUUAAGUAUUUGCCAGCUAAUAUUUCACAGUUGCCUACCAAAGUGUUUAAGCUCACCAAGACUUGUUAUUCUUUGUAAAAUGAAUAAUCAUAGAUUAAAGAAUGUACAAGGAUACCUUUUCAUGGGAAUCUUUCAGUGAUUGUGCUGAAUGAAUAGUUGGGGGAUACUGCUCUUGUGUUUUAGCAAAGAAAUCAACGUUUUUGCUAGUUGGAAAUGGUGACCUUUGGCCAGAAUAGACUUGCUGUUUGCUCUCAAAACAGGGUUUUUUGUGUUUUUUUUACAUACAGGGACAUGGAGCUGGUUAGUGUGCUUAACUUAAGCAAAGAGAGGCAAAGAAACCCAUCACAGCAGGCACAAAAAGAAAAAAAAAAGAGUGUGGCAUGAUUUGUGUGGUUGUGUCCAGUUCUCCAGCAUAGAGAAGCUAUUUUUGGGCAGAUUGAACACCUCCGUAUGACAAUCACCACAUUAAUGCGACACGCAGCACCACAGAGCUGGUCACUGUGGACUCGGGUACUGUGGGCUACCGAUGCAAACAAGAAAAAAAAAUAAACUGGUGCAGGGAUGGAAUUUUAAAAAUGCAACAAAAAAAAAAAACUCUUCAUGGAGACACAUUCUUAACUGUCCCAUGAAAUCAUUGCCAGGGUUCAUGCAUUAGAGCUAUUUAUUUUGUUUGGGUGUAGGUUAAAUAAAUUGUUCUUUUAUUUAUUCACUUAUUUAUUCAGUAUUUAUUGUUUAUUUAUGUACUGAUUCUAAUUAUUUUACUGGUUUUAUUUCCAUUAGCGUGUAUUUUUACUUUCCUACAGUUUAUUCUUUUAUCCACUCGUGAUUAGAAUUAACAUUAUUUCAAAAAUCGACGGCCAUUAUCGUGGUUCUCUGCUCCUGUUGUAGUGUGGUUUCAUAUGCAUAUGAAAUAAACAAAGUACUUUACCAUCC